UAUAAACGAGAGAGAGAGAGAGAGAGAGAGAGAGAGAGAGAGAGAGAGAGAGAGAUAAAUGGCGGCAACUUUUCUGGGAAAGCUUUUGAUAACUGCCGCGGUACUGCUGCCUUCUGCGGUGGUUCUGUGCAGUUUCCCCGCCACACUGACUCUGGAGAGAGCUUUUCCAACAAACCACAGAGUGGAACUGAGUCAACUCAGAGCUAGAGACCGAGUCCGGCAUGGAAGGAUGUUGCAGCAGUCCUCUAGCGGCGGUGGCGGUGUCAUCAAUUUCCCCGUUGGAGGGACCUUCGAUCCAUACAUAGUUGGGCUUUAUUUCACAAGUGUGAAGUUGGGUACACCUGCAACAGAGUUUUAUGUGCAGAUUGAUACUGGAAGUGAUAUUUUGUGGGUUGGCUGCAAUUCCUGCAAUGGUUGCCCCAAAUCAACUGGACUUAAAAUUCAGCUGAAAUAUUUUGACCCUAAAAGCUCAUCAACUGCCUCAUUGGUGUCUUGUUCUGAUAAAAUAUGCUCCCUUGGACUUCAGACACAAGAUUCUAGCUGUGAUGCAAAGGAUAAGCAGUGUACUUAUGGGUUCAAGUACGGAGAUGGCAGUGGAACAUCGGGCUAUUAUGUAUCUGACUUGUUGCAUUUUGACACAGCUGGCGGUGGUCAGUCUGUCACCUCAAACUCUUCAGCUAACAUUGUCUUUGGGUGUAGCACCUCAGCAACCGGGGUCUUGCAGAAAACAGAUAGAGCAGUUGAUGGGAUUUUUGGAUUUGGACAGCAGGAAUUUUCUGUCAUCUCACAGCUGUCUUCACAGGGAGUAGCACCAAAUGUAUUUUCGCACUGCUUCAAAGGAGAUGACACUGGUGGGGGGAUACUGGUUCUUGGUGAGAUCGUGGAUCCUAACAUCGUUCAUAGCCCGCUUGUCCAAAACCAGCCUCAUUAUAACUUAAAUCUGGAGAGCAUUAGUGUUAACGGCCAAACGCUAGCCAUUGAUCCAUCAGUUUUUUCAACAUCAAGCAACCAAGGAACAAUAGUUGAUUCUGGGACAACUUUGGCAUACCUUGCAGAAGAUGCAUAUGAUCCUUUUGUCAAUGCUAUAACAAGCGCUGUCUCACAAUCCGUGACCCCUGUUACCUCCCAGGGAGAACAAUGCUACAUAGUCACAUCCAGCAUCACUGAUAUGUUUCCUCAAGUUAGCUUGAACUUUGCUGGUAAUGCAUCCAUGAUUCUAAGACCGGAGGACUACCUUUUGCAGCAGAAUUCUGUAAGUGGUGAUGAAGUAUGGUGCAUUGGCAUCCAGAAAAGUGACGGUCAAGAUAUAACUGUAUUGGGAGACCUCAUCCUGAAAGACAAAAUCAUUGUCUAUGAUUUGGCCAAUCAAAGGAUUGGUUGGACUCAAUAUGACUGUUCAACAUCAGUCAGUGUCUCUACAAAUACUAGCAGAGGAACUGCAUCUGUUAAUGCAGGGUCCAUAAACGUUAGCAGUUCAGCGUGCAGCGAGCCUUUCAAGCUUGUACCGAUAAGCAUGGUGGCUUUCCUUGUUCACAUAUCAGUCAUUUACAUUUUCCCAUUCUUGUAGCACCGAUAGGCGUUUGGUCUACAUGACAGGAUUGUUUCUCAGGGAUGAGAUUAGCUCAUUGCACAUAUUGUGCAAUAGGUCUCUUACCAUUCUUUGUUUCACAAUACUUUGCAAGCGAUUCUGUAGUUUUUCAUGAGUUCAGCAAGAUCAUACAAGCAGUUUUACAGCAGUCUGGCAGUUUGUUUGUAGCUGCUCACUGUGGAGCAGAUUUGGUCUUUUUUUAAUUUCUGCUUCUUUUAUUUGGGUCAAAUUUUUAUUUUCUGUUUUUGGUUGGGACUAUUAUUUCUUAAUUUGAGGCACAUUGAGGUACAGAUUUCCUUA